UCAGUUACAUUCAGUUCUCCAUCAAUUCGCCUUUCCAGCAUCGCUUUAGUCCCCUUUUUUUGCGCUUCAUUUUUCCUGGAACGAGAGAAGAUGCCAACACCUACUUCUACAUCCCUAGCCUCCACCACUACAACUAGUCCCACAGCGUCCUGCACCACCGCCGUCCCCGGGAAAUAUGGCUACGUCCCACCGGACGCUUGCAACGCCUACUGGGCCUUCUCUCCAUCCUUCGCCGCCGCCGUCGCCUUCUCAACCCUCUUCGGUAUCCUCAUGCUUGCGCAAAUCUGCCUCGCCAUCCUCUUCCGUAAAGGCUUCUGCUGGGUCAUGAUCAUGGGCGCGUCCUGGGAAGUUGUCGCCUUCAUCACCCGAGCACUCGGCGCGCACCACCAGCAGUCCCUAGCCUAUGCGUUCGUCAGUUCGCUGCUGUUUCUCCUCGCUCCGCUGUGGGUCAACGCGUACGUGUACAUGACGGCUGGGCGCUUGAUAUGGACUUUCCAUCCCGAGAAGAGGGUUUGCGGCGUCAAAGCCCUCAGUAUCGGGAAGUACUUCGUCUGGCUGGACAUCUUCUCCUUCAUUGUGCAGGGCAUUGGCGGCUCCAUGCUCUCGCCCGGCGCCAGCGCGGACACCAUGAAGCUGGGCAAGAACAUCUACAUGACCGGCCUCGGCGUCCAGCAGCUCUUCAUCCUGCUCUUCAUCGCCCUCGUCGUCCGCUUCCACGUCGAGGUCCUGCGCUACGAACAAACCGGAACCGCCACACUCGUAAACAACAAGUGGAAAUGGGUCACAUACGCACUGUACGCUUCUCUGGUGCUCAUCACCAUGCGUAUCAUCUUCCGCCUCAUUGAGUUCUCCGCCGGAACCGACAUCUCCAACCCUCUGCCCUACCAUGAGAUAUACCCUCUCGUGCUUGAUGCGAUGCCGAUGUUGAUUGCGAUUUUCAUACUCACGGUUGUGCAUCCUGGAUUGGCGCUCAAGGGGCCCGAGAGCGAGUUCCCGAGCAGGAAGGAACGGAAGGCUGAGAAGAAGAAGAUUAAGGCGGAGAAGAAGGCGCGGAAGCGGGAGAGGAAGAUGGCGAAGAAGGGUGCGUUGGCGAUGGAUACGAGUUAUGAGCACCAGCAGGCAUCGAGGGAGGAGUUGAUGCGAGAGGAUAUUGAGAUGGGGCAUAGGAUAUAAUCUCGCGGGCGAAGUGAGCACUGUAAGCCUAUUUUGGAGGGCAGCAGAGGACAGCAGGAGUACGGGUGUUCAAGGCGUUCGUUGUGCUAGGCUUGACUGUUGGACUAUUCCUGUCCUUCAUACCAAUUACAGUUUCCU